GAUAUGGGCGUAUCUUAGCCACUCACUCGCAAUUGCUUCCUCUUAUUCCUUUCAGCCAUAUCGAUUGACGAUGAGGCGAUGAAGCCGGCAGAAGAACGUCCAUUGGAACUGCGCUCCGAUCAAGGCACAACAAAGCCAAGAUGCUAAAAACUAUGCUCGCUUGCUGCAAGCUCUACAUCUCUGAAAGCCGAAAUGUUCGUGUCUUGGAAUUGAUUGAGCAUGCUGCAAAAGCACAUCCAGAAGUCGUUCUCAUUAACAAAUUCAAGGAUGAAGUUUACAAUCGAGUUGGCUACACAAUUGUUUCACCCCUCUCCAUACACUCAGAUGCAAGUCCACUAAGGACUGCGGUGGUUGACAUGGUUAAAGCAGCCUUCGAAGCUAUCGAUCUCGAAUUGCAUUAUGGAAGUCAUCCUCGUCUUGGAGUUGUAGACCACAUCUGCUUCCAUCCCUUGGCCCAAGCUACGCUUCCCCAAGUGGCUGAAAUUGCAAAAUCAGUGGCAUGUGACAUUGGCAAGAAACUCCAAGCCCCAAUCUAUCUAUAUGGAGCAUGCCAUGAAGGAGGAAGAACUCUUGAUUCGAUAAGAAGAAAGCUUGGCUACUUCAAACCCAACUCGGCUGGAAAUCAAUGGACAGGCUCGCUGAAAAUGGAGAUUUUGGAGCUGAGGCCUGAUGUUGGACCCCUUCAGCCUCCACCAUCCAAAGGCAUUGUAGUCGUAGGAGCUACACGUUGGGUCGACAACUACAAUAUCCCAGUCUGGUGCACUGAUAUCGACUCUGUUCGGAGAAUUGCGAGCAAGGUAAGGGAACGAGGAGGUGGGCUAAAAUCGGUGCAAGCUAUCGCCCUAUCUCAUGCUGCAGGCUGCAUUGAAGUCGCAUGCAAUCUGCUUGAUACGAGCAUCACAGGGGCUGAUCAGGUACAAGGUGAAGUCCAGAGACUUGCUGCGGAGGAAGGGUUCAAAGUGGGGGAAGGAUAUUUUACUGAUUUCUCAACAGAAAAGAUUACUGAAAUGUAUCUUAGAUCUAUUUCAUUUUCAUGUGGAAGAGGAUGAAACGUAUUCAUUCCUCUAUAUCUUGCAUAUGGAUUUUUGAAGAAAAGUAUUCUUACAAACCAUUUAAUUUGGAAAACAGCUUCAAGUA